UGGUCACUAGAUUGGAUCGGUUUUAUUUGUUAUUGGAUUGCCAUCAAAGAACAGACCGAUCCGAUUUGGAUGUUGAAACUUUGGAUCCGAUCCGAUUACAAUUGGAUAUUCGAUCAUAGUCUGUAUUUUUAACAUCGUAAUAAUUGGACGGCCCCUUUGCAGAUUCGAUCAAGAUUCUUGAACAAUUUGUGAAAACCAAUUCCUUCAAAUUUACCCAACAUCACCUUCAACUUGGUUGAAUCCGAUCUACCUCCAAGUAAUUGCCGGAAUCUCCAUCCAUCUCCGGCAUACAAACACGCCAGUAGUACAAAGAGCUCAGUGGUGGAAAAUGACCGGAUCCGGCUGUUGUUGAAAUCGGCAACGGCGAUUUCGUCGUCGGAGUUCGUCAAUUGACUCAACAUCUCAGCUGUUUAGGUAUUAUUAAACAAUAAUCCGUCCCUAGUCAACUAAUUCGUACUUAUCGAUGAUUAAUGGUAAUUAAAAUAAUGUUAAUGACAGGGAUCAAACAACGGCUGGUAAUGAUCUGUGCCUUAUCUCCGGUUUGGAUCUGAUUGUAGUCGUUAUCCGCACCGACGCCAUUAACAGGGAUCAAAACUCUUCUCUCUCUCUAUAUCUAUGAGUACGUAUGCGUGUCAGUAGGGAUAAGAUAGGGCGCACAAUUUAAGAUGAUGCUUGCAUCGGGUUCUCAUUUUUUUACUCGUAAAAUUGACGAAAACUUUAUGAAACGUGCAAGGUGUAUGUAAAUAUUUUAGAAUAUAUCCCCCUGGAUGUAAGGACUACGCGUGUAAGGCUGACGAACCACAGUGCGAGAUUGAAGAUUUGCCGUUGGAUUUUGAUUGGACGGUUGGAUUUUGGAUUAGAUAUUGAUUCCCCUCUCUCUCUCUCUCUCUCACUAUAUUUGACUUUUUGUAAAUAAUAGUUUGACAUAGAUUGAGUGGACAAUUUCAAAUGUGCCAUUUUCCCUGGUCCAUCAUUAAUGAAGCCGUAUAUAUUCGGGGGUAAUACUGUUUGUUCUGUUCUUAGCUUUGUAAGCUGUUGUUCUCUGCAAAAGAAGACGCGUUUUGAGAGUAAAUCCUUAACACAGUUUGUCCACCUUCGGAGAAGAAUUGCUUGCUAAGCACAGCUUCAAGAAUAUAACCAUGCUUGGCAAGGAAUUUUUCACCGAGUAUGGUGAAGCAAGUCUCUAUGAAAUUCAAGAAGUUGUAGGGAAGGGAAGUUAUGGUGUUGUUGCAGCUGCAGUUGAUACCCACACCGGGGAGAAGGUUGCUAUAAAAAAGAUCAAUGAUGUUUUCGAGCAUGUUUCUGAUGCCACCCGCAUUCUUAGAGAAAUCAAGCUUCUUCGACUGCUUCGCCACCCAGAUAUCGUAGAAAUAAAGCAUAUUAUGCUUCCUCCUUGUAGAAGAGAGUUCAAAGAUAUAUAUGUGGUGUUUGAGUUGAUGGAAUCUGAUCUUGAUGAAGUAAUCAAGGUUAACGAUGAUCUCACUCCUGAACAUCAUCAAUUUUUCUUGUAUCAACUCCUUCGAGCUUUAAAAUAUAUUCAUACAGCACACGUGUUCCAUCGCGACCUGAAACCCAAAAAUAUCCUUGCUAAUGCAGACUGCAAAUUGAAAAUCUGUGAUUUUGGUCUAGCUCGUGCAUCAUUUGAUGAUACCCCGUCAGCAAUUUUUUGGACUGACUAUGUGGCUACUAGAUGGUAUCGUGCUCCUGAACUUUGUGGCUCCUUCUUCUCGAAAUAUACUCCUGCAAUUGAUAUCUGGAGCAUAGGAUGUAUAUUUGCGGAGAUGCUAACAGGGAAGCCUCUGUUUCCUGGGAGGAAUGUUGUGCACCAAUUGGAUCUUGUCACCGAUUUACUUGGUUCUCCUUCUGCUGAAAUCAUAGCAAGGAUACGGAAUGAUAAGGCCAGAAGAUAUUUAAAUGGCAUGACCAAGAAAACCCCUAUUCCAUUCUCACAAAAAUUCCCUAAUGCUGAUCCACUGGCACUCCGUUUACUUGAGAGAUUGCUUGCAUUUGAUCCCAAAGACAGAAUAUCUGCUGAAGAGGCCUUGUCUGAUCCGUACUUUUAUGGUUUAGCAAAUUUGGAAACUGAGCCAUCCAAACAACCGAUUUCAAAACUGGAAUUUGAGUUUGAAAGGCGGAGAUUGACAAAGAAUGAUGUAAGAGAGCUGAUUUAUAGGGAGAUCCUGGAGUAUCAUCCCCAAAUGCUGCAAGAGUACCUUCAUGGCGAAGAACACAUAAGCUUUAUGUAUCCAAGUGGAAUAGAACGGUUUAAGCAGCAGUUUGCUGAUCUUGAGGAGCAGGAAGGCAAGGAAGGAAGAAACUCUCCACUUCGAAGGCAAUACACUUCGUUGCCAAGUUCUUUGUGGGUAUAAAGUACUUUGAGCAUCUCCAACUAUUUCUCCAUAAUUUCUCCAAAUACAAUUAUAUUCAACUCCAAGGGUGCGUUUGGUUUGCGGGAGAGGACGAGACAAUAGUAUAAAACCUUUGUCUCAUGUUUGGCACGAAAAUAGACCCGGACAGGACAAGACCUUAGUGUGAGAAGAAUGCAUUUUUAUGUCCCACCAAAUAAGUGUAAGAAAGAUUAGAAAGAUGAGAAAAAUGGAUAAAUUUCUAAACUAUCCGUGUCAAAUUUGAACCCUAAAACCUUCCAGAAAAUUAUCAUCCUCCCAACUCACUCUCGCCAAUCCAGUCACAUACCAAACGCCUCCAACAUUUCUCCAUUUUAGAGAUUCCAACAUUAAUUAUAUUAUUAAAAAAAUUCAGUUUUUUCGGGCAAGUUGUGGAGUUCUUUCUUGGAAUAGUAAAAAGUCAAUUCUUUCUUGUCCUCCAUUAACUAUAGAGGGUUCUCCAAAUUUGUAGAAAUUUUCCAUUUCUCCGGCUUUCUCUAUUUUGAGAAGCUGUUGAAGCAAAAAAAAAAACAUAGAAACUUA